AUGCCUUCAAGCACAUUCUCCGGAACCGUUAGCUCGCCGAAGCUGUCGGUGGCAGUGGACAUGGGCAACCCUUUUCUCAACCUCACCGUUGAUGGUUUUCUCAAGAUCGGAGCUGUUGGAGUAACAAAAUCUCUUGUGGAAGACACUUACAAAGCCAUCGACAAAGGGAGUGUUUCCAAGAGCACUCUUGAGCAUGCGCUUAAGAAGAUGUGCAAAGAAGGUGUUUACUGGGGAUCUGUGGCUGGAGUUUAUGUUGGAACAGAGUAUGGAAUCGAACGUAUCCGUGGCACUAGAGACUGGAAAAAUGCAAUGUUGGCUGGAGCGGCAACAGGAGCAGUGAUCUCUGCGGCUACUAACAAAGGCAAAGGUGACAAGGUGGUGCUCGAUGCAAUUCUGGGUGGCGCUCUUGCAACUGCGUCUCAGUUCCUUAACAAUCAUUAUUUCUACUGA